CGGGCCCGGGCCUGCGCCGUGCGGCCGGGCCGGGCCAUGACGGGCGAGGCCGUGCGGGAGCUGCUGCAGCGGCUGCGGGAGCUGCAGAGCGAGCGGGUCGAGACGUACCGGCUCUUCGAGGAGGGCCACCGGGCGUACCUGAGCAGCGCCCCCCACUAUGACUUCCCUCGGUACCGGCAGCUGGUGCACGAGGUCACCGUGGCCUUCAGCGGCAUCUCCCGGGAGGUGCUGCACAUCGCCGGCCGCCUGCGGGGCGAGCUCGGCCGCCCCGAGCUGGCCCAGCACCUGGCCCGGCUCCAGGAGCGCGAGCAGGAGAAGCUGCAGCUGACAGCGCAGCUGCAGCUGGCCCGGCAGCAGGCACAGGACCAGCCCGAGGUGGACGCCCAUCAGCAGGAGGUGCAGGAGCUCAAGCACAAGCUAAUUAAAACCAUUGAGGCAAUCAGCGAAAUUCUCCAGGACCUUAAGUACGAUUCGGAAGAAGUUGAGUGAUGGGUGUCCCCGUGGGAACGGCUGGAGGGGCCGGGCUGGUGGAACGGGGCCCCCCGCUCAUCCCCCACCCGCUCCCCGUGCACCUUGGCAAGGUGGGCAUUGUGCUCUGGGCUCCUUUUCUGGAGCACAGGAUGGAAGGGGUGGGAAAGCCCCCUCGGGGACCAGUGGGGUCCCCCUGAAUCCUGAGUGUCCCUCAGCAGAGGGGUCUGGCGUGGGGCUGGUUCCCCUCCCUGGAUGUGCCGGGGCUGUGCCAAAGGCAAACCACACCCUGCUGUGCCAAGGGGCUGCCAUCGAGGUGGGCACUGUCCCUGCUGCCAACCAGAGUGCCAUGGCAGCAGUCCCCCCAAAACCACAUCUUGGAGACCAGUUGUGCCCCCAGCCCCACUGCAGCUCCGGUGCUCCACAAGCGCUUUUUCUAUGGUCACCCCAAAUAAACCUGUCCCUGCAGA